AUGCCCCUGCCAAACACUCUCUGGGUCAGAAUCCUCAUCGUUAUCGUCGCCACUGUCUUUCUCGCUACGCUCUUUCGUCAAGCAAGAUUCGGGAACUGGAAAUCCCUCACAAUCAACUUCAAAAAGAACUCAGCACGACCUACAGCUUCAAUAGAACGUUAUCGCGAAUCACCCCCAUCUCUCGAGGCGCAUUUUGUGCCACCUGACUUGGAACGUCAAGACUACCGAGAAUGGAACGCCCGUACUUUGAGAGAUCUUCACUCGUGCAUUGCCUUAGAUAAUUGUGGGCCCAACCAGCGCAAGGUUGCCCUAUUGGCGGCUCAUUGGUUUCAGCAAGCUGUAGUGGAAGGCUUCAAAGGAGGAAAUGGAAUAUGGGGGAUAUCUGUGUACAAAAACCUCCGAAGGCUGGGCUACACGACACUUUUCGCGACUAGCUUUGGUAGGACACGUUAUUAUGUCUUCCAAGACCAUUCUCUCAUGUCGUUGGCAGAGGAAGCUCUCUUCCAGUAUCGAAUGUUUCCCGACCUUGUAAAAGUCGUUAUCCGAAACAUGGCUGGGGAGUGCCACAAAGACCCUCAAUGUGUUAAAAGUCCAUCGAAUCCUACAGGAAUCCCGGCCUGGAAAAUCUUUGACUUUGAAUUCUUCGCAUCGCAUGGCCACCACAGAGGAGCUUCUCUCCUGAAGGGUAAAUGGAUUCUCUCCGCAAAUCCGGACGAUCUCCACCAUCCGCACUUCAGGCAACCACCUAACCCUACCCUCUUAGGGUAG